GUUAGUGGGCGUGGCUUGCCUAUUUGGAAUGACUUUUCAUACUUUCGUUUCCUUUCAAGGGCGAGGGCCGUAGGAGAUGGAAGCAAACGUCUCAAUCGGAUUCCUCAUAAGAAGCCUUCUUACAGGCACUACCACCAGAACAUGUGGCCCUUCCAUCAAAGGACAAUAAAGAUGUAAACCCAAAGUGGCUUUUGAUUUCAAGAACCCGACGAAUGAGGCUACAUUGGAUUCUUUUCCAUCCAAAGAUGAAUAUUACCUUAUUACACUUCAUAAGAUAAAAGACAAAAAAUAAUGUAUCCAAAAUGUAAUGCUCGACAAGACCUACUAUGUACGUGAUAAAUGUUAUAAAAAUGUGUAAAACAACCCACUCCAAACUUUUGAAAAUGCUGCUUGUAUUGCUCAAAUAAGCUACAACCUAUACAGGAUUAUACAUUGAAAUGGCGGAUGGAUUUUCUAUAGUGGUUAACAAUGUGACCGCAUCUCUCAGUCAAGAUGAGCGCAGGACCCUGGAGUAUCUGUGUACAGAUUUGUUCACCAACAGCUGUGUGGAGGAUUUGAGAGGAGCUUUGUUGGAAGUUGCCAAACAGAAAGGCCAAUCCCAAGAUGGGAAUUCUUUAUUGAUGGAAUUAAUGUUUCGACUAAAGCGCUAUGAUAUCUUGAAGAAAGUUUUCGGUACAAACAGGCAACAGGUAGAAGGCAAUUUACAGAAAGGAGGAGUCCUGUCAGAUUACAGGGUUCUGAUGGCCGAUGUAAGUGAUGGCUUGGAUAAAGACGAAUUACAAUCCUUUAUUUUUCUCCUAAGCAACACAUUGCCCAAAGAAAAAGUGAAAAAAGCAACGAGUUUUCUAGAUGUGGUGGUGGAGUUGGAGAAGUUAGACGAAGUAUCUUGCGAUAAGCUAGACCUGGUGGAAAAGUGUUUCAGAAGCAUUCGCAGAAUGGACCUUGUCAAAAGGAUUCAGGCCUACCAGAAUAGAGGUCAAAAUAUAUGUGCAGCCCCUAAGGUUCCAAACCAGCACUGUCCUAAAUACAUCCCAGUGCGUUGUCAACGUUCUCUUAACCAAAUAAGACAACCGCAAUGUCAUGUUCAACAAUUUAAAAAUUUAAAGCUUUCAGUCCCUGAAACAAGGAGCCAACACACACAGGCUGGAGUGGAGGAGUAUCAAAUAAAUCCUGAACGGAAAGGCUUGUGUGUUAUCAUUGACUGUGUUGGCUUUGAUGGAGGGAUGUUAAAUCAGACAUUCAAUCGUUUGGGUUUCAAGGUCAUCUUCCUCACUCACCUGAGUGUUAAUGAAACCAAGAAGUCCCUGGAAGACCUGGUCCACAACAGGUCCCUUCACGCAGUCAGCAGCUUUAUCUGUUGUAUCAUUAGCAGGGGAACAGACACUCAUAUCUUAGCGAAUGACUCUCGUGGCUCAGGCAUCAGAUUGGAGGAUCUCAAACAGCUUUUCAACCCAGUCCAGUGUCCAUUACUGGGUGGCAAACCCAAACUUUUCUUUACCCAGAUCUACCGGACUACAGAGACCCAGCAAAGAUCCUCAAUGGAUGAUGAGUUUCUUGAGACAGAUGGGCCGUCGUGUUCUUCUCCUUUGGAUCCAAGAACAGUUCCGGUGUCUGCAGAUGUGCUUUGGAGCGUCUGCACGGCAGAUGAAAAGCUUCUGGAAUCUUCUGGACAUCAUUCGGUUUAUUUGCAUGCGUUAAGCUCUGCACUGCUGAGGGGAUGUGGGAGGAGGAUGCAUUUAUUGGAUGUUAUGACGGCUGUAAACAGAGACGUUACUUGUCACAAUCAGCAAAACCCUGGGAAAACAUAUCAUGUGUCACCACCCGCACACACGCUACGAAAGAAACUUUACAUUUAACGCUUUAUUCUCACCAUCAACACUUCUCUCACUUUCUUUCACAGUUUUAUAUCAUUAUUUUAAUGCAAUUAAUAAUGUUAUUAAUUGCAUGUGAUGUAGUUGUUAUAAGCUAGAGCUACAAACUGCCAUAACACAUUGAAUGUUUUAUACUUAUUUAUUGGUGCAGCUUUAUUUAUGUAUGUUUAUUUAAGUUAUGGAGAAGUUCAAGUUGAAGACUGAUAGUAAAUCGUGUGAUUUGAAGUUUCUUUUGUACAGUAAUCUAAGUGGUCUGUUAUCAUUUUUAUUUAACUACUUAACCUUACAGUAGUUUAGUGGCUGAUCCCUUUUAUGUAGUAUUUCUCACGAAUUUAUAAAAGGAUAUAUAAUUUGCAAAUUAAAAUGUAAUAUUACGUAAUCGUAUCUGUCUGUCUGUCACCAGUUAAAUCCAUGUAAUUGUAUCAAUAUAUACUAUAUAUUUAAUAUUUAGUCUUUAAAUUAGUUAAACAAGCUUGCACCAUUAGUAACAUCUUUUUCUCAUGUGCAGGUUUAUUUUGAUGAUAUACUAAAAGUCAAAUCAAACUUUGUGUCUAAUAGAUAUACCAUUUUGCAUAAUGUUUGUGUUAAUAAAGAUCAGUGAUGCAGUUUUCUGUAUCAGUAUAGACUGUU